AUGAACGAGAAGAGGAGAAGACGCCGAGAGAGCCACAACGCAGUUGAACGUCGUCGCCGUGAUAACAUCAAUGAAAAGAUCCAAGAGCUCUCAACAUUGCUCCCCGAGAUCUAUGUCGACAGCGCCAACAAGCCCAACAAGGGAGUCAUCCUUCGAAAGUCGGUCGACUACAUUCGUCACUUGCAGCAGUUGGUCACGUCUCAGAACAACCGGAACCAGGAGUUGGAGGCACAGCUCCGAGCAAGAAACGGUGCCGGGUCCACUGGUGACGAGAACAACGCCAAUGGCGUGAACGGAGCAGGACCAGGGCCUCAGCUCCAACAAGACUUUGGCAUGAUGCGGAUCGUCUCGGGUGGUGGCAAUGGCGGCCAGAACUAA